CGUCCACUUUCGUCCACUUUGCGCCGUGCGCGGGAAUCUAGGUUGGGCGGUCUGACUGACGGACUGACUCUUACGUACGAGCAGUGUGUAGUGUAAAUAGAUUGAUAUUACUGUCCAGUCCGUCCGUCCGUCCUCUGUCCUUCCUCUGAUCCUCUGGUCCCGGGUCCGAGUCGAAGAAGUCAUCACUGAUCUCUUUGUCCUUUGUUUUUUUCUUUCUCUACCAUAUCCACUUUAGUCCUUUUUGUAUUUAGACUAGACGAUUUGUUAUUUCCAGCCUUUGAUACCCAAACCCAAACCAAAAACACCAAACACCACACAUCACCAAAAAUGUUCCGCACCUCCCUCCGCAGGGCUGCGGCCUUCCAGCCCGCGAGGCCAUGCUUCGGUGCCUUUUCCGCCACUGCUGCCCGCCAGUACAGCGCUGCCGCUGGCACUGCCGACAUCAACCCUUCCAAGCUCAAGGUCGAGAAGACCACCCAGCCCAAGGGCCUCUUGAAGCCCGAGGAGCUCGUCUUCGGUCGCAACUUCACUGACCACAUGCUCACCAUCGAAUGGACCAAGGAGAACGGCUGGAACGCCCCCGAGAUCAAGCCCUACCAGAACCUCUCGCUCGACCCCGCCACCUGCGUCUUCCACUACGCCUUUGAGUGCUUCGAGGGCAUGAAGGCCUACAAGGACAAGGCCGGCAAGAUCCGCCUCUUCCGCCCCGACAAGAACAUGGCGCGCUUCAACAAGUCGGCCGCCCGCAUUGCUCUGCCCACCUUCGACUCGCCCGCCCUGAUCGACCUGAUCGCCAAGCUGGUCAAGCUCGACAGCCGCUUCAUCCCCGAGCAGCGCGGCUACUCGCUGUACCUGCGCCCGACCAUGAUCGGCACCCAAAAGACGCUUGGCGUCGGCCCUCCCGGUUCCGCCCUGCUCUACGUCAUCGCCUCCCCCGUCGGCCCUUACUACCCCACGGGCUUCAAGGCCGUCUCGCUCGAGGCGACCGACUACGCCGUGCGCGCCUGGCCCGGCGGUGUCGGCGACAAGAAGCUCGGCGCCAACUACGCCCCCUGCAUCGUGCCCCAAGUCGAGGCUAUGAGCCGCGGAUUCCAGCAGAACCUGUGGCUGUUUGGCGAGGAGGAGUACGUCACCGAGGUCGGCACCAUGAACUUCUUUGUGGCCAUCAAGGACAAGCAGACGGGUCAGAAGACCCUGGUCACUGCUCCGCUUGACGGCACCAUCCUCGAGGGCGUCACGCGUGAUUCCGUCCUCGCGCUGGCUCGCGAGAAGCUGGCGCCUGAGGGCUGGAAGAUCGAGGAGCGCAAGUUCACCAUGAAGGAGCUUGCCGAGGCGGCGAACGAGGGCCGUCUGAUCGAGGCUUUCGGCGCCGGUACUGCCGCUAUUGUGAGCCCCGUCCGCUCCAUCAGCUGGAAGGGUCAGCUCGUCAACUGCGGUCUUAAGCCCGAGGAGGAGAGCGGUGAGCUUACGAUGCAGGUCAAGAACUGGAUGGAGGCCAGGCAGUAUGGUGAUGAGGAGCAUGAGUGGAGCUAUGUUUGCGAGUAAAUUUUUAGAUACCUGAGCCAACUGGGUUACGAUGGAAGACAAAAAAUGAUUUAAGCCAAAGAUUUUUUCACGCAACAGUUAGAUCCGGAAAGUUUUUCCUGUAUAUACUUUAUGGGUUGUGACAUGGGAUUUGCGGUAGAUGGAUACUCAGCCAGUUCAUGAAGAAGCCUGUUAUUUCCAUUC